UGACGGUUAUUUUCCCGUCAAAUUAAGCUUUUAAAUAUUUUUUUGCACAAAGCUGGCACUAAGCAAUAUCAAAUAGUCCUUUUUUUCUAUUCGCGGAAGAGGCGAAAAGGAGGGGGGGUGUGAGGGAGCCCUCAAUAUUCAUCUCCCAGCAAGCAGCCUACGUUUUGCAGCUUUUACAUCGUCAAGUGGCUUUUUUUUUUUUUUUUUUUAAUGCCCCCCCUCCUCUUCUGUCCUCAUCUUGACACUUUAAAACAAGCGGGCUACGAUCGAGGAGCAGGAUUUUGCUUGUGUAACGAGCUGCUUUUCACCUCAGCUGAACUUGACGCAUCUGCUUGAGCGGCGGGCAUAGGACGCGCCGUGUCCCCGCUGAACCGAGCAGCCGUAGCCGCGGGAGGAGGGAGCGGAGAGCGGCGUCACCAUUACCCGGCUGCUGUCUCCGAACACGGACGAGUUUUUUCCUCCUUCCGAAGAAAUCGUCUUUUAUGAGACGGGAAUUAAGAGAACUUGAACGUGACACCUUCGGGACCUCCGGAGAACACCCGCGCCCUCGAGAGCCCGUCGGUCAACCGGUCGCCUGGAGAGCACGUGCGGGAAAACGUUUGUCCCUGCGGCGUCUUUGGAAGCCCGUGAGCGACGCUCCGGCGAGAUGCACGACAGGAGGAACACGCGACUGCACGGGAAACCACAUGGCCUCCCCCCCAUUGUGGCGGGCCGACGAGAAGCUGGCAGACUGGGAGAGACGGCGAGGGAAGCCCCGCUUGCAAAUAUUCGAAAAAGUGCUCGCAGGCGGUCCGGACAAAGAGCGGAUGUGCGGACGUGUGGCGAGCCAGCCGUACGCCACAAAUGAACGGCGCGGAUCUCUCGGCGUCAAACCUCGCUGGGCGCAGUGUACAUCUUGGGCAAACCUCAACUUCAAGACUCCCGCCCGGAGAACUCCACCCGACCCGUCGGAAGCUCCCCGGGCACGUCGAGUCGCCUCAAAGCGGUACGUCCUUGCGAUAAUCUCCUCAAAGGAGGGAAGCAAAGGUCAAAUGAAGAUUAGAGGGCAAACGCUACACGAAGGCACGGCGGCCGGAACUGCACAAAGGCCUUGUUGUCACGGGAGGGAUCCCUCGGCCCGGGCCUCGCGCGCUCGGGAGGACACCUGUUGGCGGCCUUGCUCAACUGCAGCCGGGCCGGCCGCAAUGCUUCAUCUCAACUCGUUUGAACAAUCCUCGGUGACAUCUUAACGCCGCUUAGCACUUUAUGGCGAGCUCCCCAAACAGGGCAGCCAUUUUACUCUCCUCUCAUUAGUCGACGUUUAUUUUAUUACACGCGGUUUUAGCUCAAUUUUGGAUCCUCCGUCCGAACCGAGGCUGACUUUGAUAAUCGCGCCAUCGAUCAAAAAAAAAGUCUGAAGCGAAAGUUUUUAUUUUAUGUGAACCGUGGCCCUGUGUGAAUAAAUGCUGAGUCAGGGCUUCUGUGUACUUUACAGGCCUGGGCAUAAAGUAGUGCCGCUGUGGCAUUUAUGGGUGAAGUGAACAAGGGAGGGG